UGCUGUCGUGGACACGGAAUCACACUCAUGGCUGAUCAACUAUGCACUGAAAGAAACCUCGAAAAUAUCGCUGAGCUUCCUCCUCUUCCGCCUAGCUCUGUGCACCUCUUCAAAGAAAGUCCUCCAGCGGACGAAGAUGAAGAGGAGUCUUCCCUGGCUGUAUUUGCGGAAACAGCUCUGCGAUGCCUCAAGCUAAUCGCGUACAUUCUCUGUUUCCUCCUGACACUCGGAGGUGCCGUACUAUCCAAGGCCACAUUCCUGCUUAUCGUGGCGCAGAUACGACCGUCCAACAAUGAUACUGCGCCGAACACAACACGUCCUGUGUGCACAACAGGACUGUCACUAAGACCGGACAAGCAGUAUUCGACGGAUGUGGAUGACACUGAGCGUGUAGCCUGGCAGUGGACACUACUAGUGGUGCAAUGGAUUCCCAUGUUCCUCGCUGCCCUGAACUGUGCAUGGGCAUGCGCCUUCCAAGGAGUCCACGUUCCCAAGUUUUCGACGUUCGCUUUUGUGUUAAUCAUGGAAAGCAUGCACGCUGUCGGGUUGGGCGUGUUGUCCUUUGCUGUCCUGCCAAAGCUCGGCGCGGUACAGGCUGCCAUGUUAACAAGCUGUGUAGCCAUUGUGCCGGCUAUGCUGGCUCCUAUGGCCGGCGAUGGAUUCUUCAAAAUGGCAACUAUCUUCGACCUGCUUGCACUGGCUGGACAAUGUACAGGUCUUGUUGCCCGGUCCCCAGAACUGCCGCUGUCCCUUCUGCUCGUGUCUUGUGCCUGGUGGGACUGUUUCGUGGACGACGACGACGGCGAUUCGACGAGACGUGUUCCGUUAAUUUACCUUAGGAGUAUCAAAAAGGACUUGUCCCUAAGCCGCAAUUUUACUUUGCUCUUCACGUCCUUGUGGAAGGCGUUUCUAUUGCUUUUUUGCUUGUUUUCUUUUGCUCCAUUAUCGUGCCACUCGAAGUUCACGUUAGCAAAAGCAUAUUUAAGAGAACACAACGUAUCUUUGUUCGAGUUUAGCACGUUCCUAGAACUCGGAACGCCCAGUGUUGCCACUCAGCAGGACCGCCUCAUAUCUAGCUACCCAGAGAUGCCACUAAUCAUCGGUGGACUACAAAUAGCGUCCGCCUACAUCUGCUACAAGGCUGGCAGUUUCGCUUGUCGAGUGCGCAUGCAAGGAUUCUCAUUUGCAUUACCGCUUUGCCUGACCGUACCGACACUCGUGGCCUUGAUGUCAGCGGCCUGCAGCUUACGCGCCAUUGAUGAGUGCUUCUUGACUGACGUCCUACCGCGGUACCUCUUCUACAACUGCGAUACGAAGCAGAAGACUCUCCUGCAGUUGCUGGCAGACCACAAUACUUGGCUCUGGUUCCUGUGGCUUUUUGGCCAGAUGUGGAUUUCGAGACACAUCUGGGUUCUAGGGUCGUCCAGGCUCACGAGGACUGAAACUAUUUUCAUGAACCCAUCCUUCUGCGGAGCGCUCGUCGAUCAGUCGAUGAUCUUUAAUGUACGGCGGCGUGCGUGCAAGGAGGCUGCGAUGCGGGAGGACUCCAUCACGUCCGAGACCGUUAGCGUUGGAAGCGCGGUACCCUUGUCUGAUGAGUGUGACGAUGUGACCCGCAUUUUCGCAUGCGCUACCAUGUGGCACGAAUCUAAAGAUGAAAUGCGGCAGCUUCUCAAAUCAGUUCUAAGGAUGGACAGCGACCAAUGUGCCCGACGACUUUCCCUGCUCAACUUCGAAGGAACAGCGUACAUGCAUUACUAUGAACUCGAAGCGCACAUAUUCUUCGACGAUGCCUUCAGGGAGGAAGAUAGCGGCAAGAAAACGGUCAUUAACGACUACGUCAGAACACUAGUUAGCGUGGUGGACGAUGCCGUCCGGUGCGUCCAUGGCGUGGAUGAUGUCUGCUUGCGACCUCCGCAUCUCAUGGAAACCCCAUAUGGCGGACGAAUCGAAUGGCUGAUGCCCGGCAGAAACAGGUUAAUGGUUCACCUCAAGGACAAGACCAAAAUUCGCCACAAGAAACGGUGGUCGCAAGUCAUGUACAUGUACUACUUGUUGGGCCACAGACUGAUGGAACUGCCGAUUGACGGUGGGCGAAAAGAGAUUCGCAAGCGAAACACAUUUAUCCUGGCACUAGACGGGGACAUCAAUUUCCGUCCGGAUGCUGUUCACUACCUGGUGGAUCACAUGAAGAACAAUCCUAAAUUAGGAGCAGCUUGUGGAAGAGUUCAUCCUGUUGGAUCAGGCCCUAUGGUGUGGUACCAGAAAUUUGAGUACGCAGUUGGUCACUGGCUACAGAAAGCUACAGAAGACGUCCUGGGGAGCGUACUGUGCAGUCCAGGCUGUUUCUCACUGUUCCGAGGAGAAGCACUCAUGGCUGACAAUAUCAUGAGAACGUACACCACUAGCUCACAGGAGGCGUAUCAGUACAUUCAGUACGACCAAGGUGAAGAUCGCUGGCUCUGCACGCUAUUGCUUAAGCAAGGCUUCGAAGUGGAAUACAGUGCAGCUGCAGACUCCUACACUCGAUGCCCCGACACCUUCGAGGAGUUUUACACUCAACGUCGCCGAUGGGCUCCUUCUACUCUGGCUAACACGUUAGACCUACUCUUGGAUGUCCGUCGAGCAACUCGUAGCAAUAGAGCUCUGUCGAUACCUUACAUGACCUACCAGGCCAUGCUGGUAGUUGGAACCGUCCUAGGGCCGGGAACCAUUUUUCUCAUGCUCGUCGGCGCAUUGGUAACAUGCUUUGCUGUCAGCAACGUCGCAUCGCUCUUCUACAAUGCGAUACCGGUUACAGUGUUCAUCGUCGCGUGCUUCUUCUGCAGUCACGAUGUUCAGAUCUUCGUAGCCCAGCUUCUGGCCGCUGCAUACGCCCUUCUCAUGAUGGCCGUCAUAGUCGGCAUGGCCCUACAGAUAAUUCAAGAUGGCUUGGAAGCGCCCUCUACUAUCUUUCUGUUUGCGAUGAUGGCGAGUAUGGUGCUCGCAGGGUUGGUCCAUCCGAAAGAAAUUGGAUGCCUGAUGUACGGCGUGCUGUACUUCCUUCUGGUGCCCUCCAUGUACCUUCUGCUCGCUGUGUACUCAAUCAUAAACCUCAACAUUGUAACGUGGGGAACGCGCGAGAGUACGACGCACUCCUCGAGGGCGACUACUGGACUGCGUUCUGCGAUGCAGACCUUGGGCAGGCUUCUUCGUUGGAACCGGGGUCGAGUACGAAAAGACAGAGAGGAAGUAAAGAACGUGCUGAAUGGAAUAUCGAAAAAGCUACAAGAAAUUGAACAGAAGUUAGAAGACAUCCCACCAGUGAACGCACUGAGCAAGAAGGCAACGCUUGAGGACGUGGAAGAGACAACAGGUCCAGAUAUCACGGUAACCAUUGACGGCAACGGCAGCGAAAGAAGUUCGGAAGUAGAAGACAGGUGGAGCAACCAGUCGUGGAGUUGGACCCAAGACCCUGACUUUCAGCACUGCUCCAUGUGGUCACUUGAAGAACGAGAGAGACACUUCUGGACCGAGCUCAUCAGCACCCUGCUAUAUCCCACGAACCAGAACAGCUCCAGCCCUGACCGUGAGGAAGGCCUUCGUCAACUUCGUAACAAAGUCGCGUCCUCAUUCUUCAUGGCCAACGCCCUGUAUGUCCUAAUCGUAUUCCUGCUACAGAUGCACAAAGAAACCCUGCACUUCAAAUGGCCGCUAGGAGGGUCUGUCGUUGAGCAUCCCAUACCAGGUACGGACCGCGUCCGUUUGGAACACAAACACCUACAGCUGGAACCGAUAGGCGUAGUGUUUGUGCUGUUCCUCUUUCUCAUUGUGCUGCUACAGCUGGCAAGCAUGCUGGUGCACCGGUUCGAAACACUAGCCCAUCUCCUUGCGUCUACGCCUCUGAUCGGUAAAUCAAUGACGGUGUCUCUUCGAGAGAAAAGUUACCUGCACGUGGUGAAGCGUCUACAACGGCCUUCUCGCGAAGUACAACAGACUGUCGACGGAAGAUCCCGUGCAACGCGAAUGACAGCUCAGGAUAUCAUAGCUCGGGCACAAAGACCAAGCAAGCCUCUCGACCUGCCAACGUUAUUCGAUCAGCGGCUCACUGUGUUGCAGGAAACUGGAGAUGGAGGAACAUUAGUAGCGUCUCUGCGGUGCAAACGCAACGGAGAUUCCCACGUUGCCGACACCAUGAGUCGAAGAACUUCCAAGGUGGGGCCCCUCGGAAAUGUACCCGAUUUGGAGCGUGGGAACCAACAGGGCACCACAUCAACACUUGGAAGUACAGCGGCUUUUCAUGCAACUGGGGACAGUCCGCAAAAUGCAGUGUCCUGAAUUAAGCACUUGUUGGAAACUGUUCUGGAAGAGCAAGGCUGACCUUGGCGUAACGAUUUUGUAAAUAGAAGUUUCGCCGCUUAGACAACACGUAGGGAUACACGCGAGCUUUCUCCCAUUUCUCUAAAGAAUCACCAGCCACAAAAAAGGCAGCUGGUGAGUUGCGCGUGUCUAUGUCAGUGUCUAGAACUUACCAUGGAAGACGAACUCCUCUUGUAACGUUGUAGUGCGUUGAAUUGGACAAGUUCCUCCAUUUCAUGAUAUAAGAUUCUGCUUUUAGGUGAAAACAUGGCGGCCUAACAUUUUUAUCUUGUUAUACAGGGUGUUUAUUUUUAUUCGUUGCAGAAUUUUUAUUAAGAAACUAGCAGAGCAAAAUACGUGCCGUUUUUGCAGUUGAGUUAUAUGGCCGCAGUCUCUCGAAGAAAGUAUGUAACUAUACAAGAUGACUAA